AUGGGUGUCCCAUUCGAAGCUCUCAUCCCCUAUGCGGUCUGUCUAGGCAUGUUCGGCUUCUCCGGCGCAGCACUCUCGAAGAUCAGACACAUGCAGAAUGGAGGAAAGAGGGCAAGGCAUUCGGUGGAUCAGUGGGAUAGACAGAUGAUGGACCGAGACCGACGCCUCACGGGCUUCCUACGAGGACAGACGGAUAUGGUUAAGGCGCCUGCUGGUUUCGAAGUCAGCAAUCCGUGGAGACUGGAGAGGGCUUUCACAUGA